AUGGCCGACUCCGAUCCGUGGCGAAACGACUACGGUGUCAAGAUGGCUCUUGCGCUGUUCAAGACGUCCAGAGACCCGGCCACCCUCUUGUGGGAGCUUCAUCAGUCUGGCUGUUCUGUCAAGAAAGAUCGCAUCGCUGCGCUGUAUGGGCUGCUGCCUCGCGCGGCCCAACUCUCCCUGGAUUAUCGACAGCCUUAUCACAGCAUAUACAUGCGACAUGCCGCUGCUCUUGUCAAUGAUAGCCUUUCACAGCAUAGUCUGAUCCUCCACCCCCUGCAUUUCGGCGCUCUGCGGAUGCCCGUGGAGACUCGGUUCCCAUCGUGGAUACCGGACUGGUCUCAAGAACGUCGCGAACGGAGGCAUUUGCUUCUAUCGCCUGAAGCACCUAAUCCGGGGAUCGAAGCUCUCGGGGUUUCUGGGGGCGCCGAGGCUUACCAACGCUGGCGCUGUCUAGCAGGUUAUCCAGAGAAGCCUGGAAGGGUCAGGGAAUGCUUCCCAGGCGAACUGAAUAUCUGGAAGCGCUGGCUUAAGACGAGACCCCUUGAGUCACCGUUUGCCACCAACGAGAGGCUCGUGUGGAACACUCGUCGCUCCAUAGCACCAUGUACUUUCCUCUAUGGCGGAAGGAUCAUUCCAACAAUUACAUGCUGA